CAAAGCUCAAAGAACAAAAAGAUCACACCUUCCUCAAAAGAGCUGGCGCCAAUUCUUGAAGAUUCUAGAACCAAGGGGGCGGUUGCCGCCCUCUACGAUGCCCUCAACCGCCGCGACGCCGACGCCAUCCAGAAGCUUCUCGCCGCCGACCUCGAGUGGUGGUUCCACGGUCCGCCGGCGCACCAGUUUCUGAUGCGAAUCCUCACCGGCGGCGAGCAGGAAUCAGAUUUCCGAUUCGUCCCCCACAGCAUCUCCGCCUUCGGCACCACCGUCGUCGCCGAGGGCUUUAACCAGUCCGGCGACAUCGCCUGGGUCCACGCCUGGACUUUGACAGCCGACGGUGUGAUCAUCGAGGUCCGGGAGUACUUCAACAGUUCCCUGACUGUCACGCGGAUCGGCGUGACAGACCAAUCAGAUAGCUCGGCUGCGGCGCCGGCGCCGGUACAUUUCUCCUCCGUUUGGGAGAGCAGCCUUUCUAAUCGGGUCGGGAAGUCCGUACCCGGCCACGUGCUCGCUAUCUGAAACGAUGCCGUUUGGACGCUACGGUCACGUGCCUCUAACGGUAACGGCAAAUUGAAUUGCUAAACUGACGGUGUGCGUUUGUUCUUCUGUGAGAUAUCACGUUGUUGUUAUAUCUACGGUUGAGAUUGAUUUUGGAGGGUGUAAUCAGGUGCGUGUGAGUUUCGGUGUGGGCGAGAGGAUCCCCAAUGAGAUGAUAAAGAAUAAAAAGAAAAAGGCAAUUCCACCGGAUUUUACGAAAUUGAACAAAAUUCUUCGUACUUUAAAAAUUGUGUCAAAUUUACUUUUGAUUUCAUAAAU